AACAAGGGGAGGAGCCAUUUUCAAGGUAAAAGUAAAAUAACAUAUGAAAGCCGAGUGACAUCCUGAAGCUGCUACCAGACAUCCCUGAAUUCCUGCCAAGAGAGCAGUCCCUCUGUACAGGUUGGGUAGAAGAUGGGUCGGUUUUCAGCUCUGGUUUUGCUUGCAGUUCUUUCUGUAUUCUUCAAUGAAGUUGAAGCAAGUAAGCAAACACCUGCCAAUUUCGUGUUCAGGGAACAUCUGAAACAUCAGACAAACCCAUUUGUUUACAACUAUGAAAGACUGCGAAUUGGAGGCUUGGUCUUCACAUGCCUGCUUGUAGCUGGUGGGAUUAGUGUUCUCUUAUGGAACAAAUGUAAAGGAACAAAAAAAACUGAUGAAGAGGCCGGUCAGAUCUAACCAUCUCAAGAGGAACCUGCCAUUGGCUGAAUACAUGGCAAUGAAAAAAAAACUCAAGAGAAGGGACCUGACAACUAUUCAGAGGAAGCGUUGGUUCCUGGCGUUUGCUAGGGUGUGACGAGGAGGGGAUACUAAAACAGGCUGGAAAGAUUUAACUCCACUUAGUUAACUUUAUACGAAGUUUUCAGUGACUAGUAUGACUCAUGAAUCUGGAAAAUUGUAAAACUAAUAAAGGAUUAGAUAUGUUUAGCUAUGUGAACGAUAGUUGCUUGUGAAUUCACCAAAGCUAGAACAGAAAAGCACAGAAAUGAACAUUAAAAACAGACAAUACUAUUACCACUCACUCUAUAAUUAGUUAUUUUGGUCACUUCCUUGCAUUUAAUUUUUGGAACAUCGAUUAAUUAAAUCGGAAGGACUUGCCUUAAAAAGCAACGAUGAUUGAAUGUAGAUACCACUAUAUUAAUAAAGAAAACUCUUUCCUAUUUAA